AUGACCUCAGGUCAGCAUCUUAUACUAACAAGAGUCAGAAGAGACUCAACUGUCCAGAGAGGUUUGCGUGUUGCCAGGUGUUAA